UUACCAGAGAUAGAACAAUUAUCAAAGGAACUUGAUCUACAUUUAAAAGAGUAUGAUGAUAGCGAUCUUUCAUGGGCUAACGUGCAAAUGAUAAGCUGUGAUUUGCGUGACUUGCGUGAAUUGAAGGCUCAACGUAGCAAAGAGUUUGAAUUAUUAGUCAGGGCUAUUCAGUAUUAUUGGAAUAUUUUAGAUCAUACUGUCAAUACCAAUGAUGCCUUGGAGGUGUCCUUGGAUGCAUUGUUUCAGCACUUUCCUCUUCCUCCUGAUACCAUAGCGACAGUUGCGCCAAUGACGAUGAUAAUACAAGAUACAGAAUAUUUUCACAAGUCAUUAAUGAAAUUAUCUCAAAACAACUUGAAUCAAUUACGCACAAUGAAGCAAAACUUGGAAACUAUUUUUAAAUCAAGAUUGAUCAUCUACACCAAGUCGAUUACUAAAAUAAAGGCAGUCUGGGAGGAACUACAGGUACCGAUCUUGGAGAGGCCGAUCUUACCGACAAAGCUUGGUACCAGUGAUAUGGUCAAGUUGAAGGAUAUCGUCAACAAUUUGGAUCCAUUUAUCAAGAGAGCAUUCGAAAGAUACAUUUUACAGUUCAAGGAUCAACUGGAGUCUCUAUGGGAUUCUUGCUUGGUUUCGAGAUUAGAAAGAGACGAAUUCAUUGCGUCUCUUUAUAAGAAAAAUACCAAACAAGAAAUAAAAUUCACUGUAGACAAACAUAUCAGAUACCUUCGAUCCAUGGUUCCCAAAGGACAGGCCUUACUUGUGCUUAUGAAGGAAAGAAAAGAUUUGAUUCAAAAGAUGAUUGACUUUGAAAAGAAAGCAAGUGAUCCAAAGCGCCUAUUUCAAGCUUCAUUUCAGUUAUUAGAAGAAGAGAAAUGGAGAAACACGUGUUUGCCUCGUCUGUUACAGCUGGAUCGUUCUCUUAUAAAGGCUAUUCAAGAGUUUGAAAAACUGGCUGGUAAACCUGUCAUGUUUGGUGGAAAGAGAUAUCUUGACACUUUAUUGGAAGAAAUUGCUGACAGAGAAGCAAACCAAACCUUCUUUGGUUUCUUAAACACGGAACCCUCUACGUCUACUACUACGAUCACCACCAACAUAAAGCGUAUAAAGAAUGCAAGGCCUGCUUCCGUAGGCAGUUUAGGCUCCAUGGUAAAGAAGCAACAACAACAACAACAACAGCCUCAAAAGCCACGCGUCAUGUGUCCAACUUCAUCUCAGUCUAUGCCCUUAGAUAAGCAGCCCAAAAGACAACAGGUCUCAAAGGACUCCAAGCCAUCAUCUUCUAUUCAUUCAGCAUCUUAUAUCCCCUCAUCUCCAAAAGCAUACAAAAAGAACAAUGGACGUACGAACUCCAUGAUACCAAUCCCUCACAGGAACCCUUUAACGGCCACAAAAUCUAUUUAAGUCUUAUGCGUCACAUGCCCUUAUUUCUUUUUUCCUAUUUGUAUAAAUAAAUAAAAGAAUGGAUGUCAUCAAGGCAAUACAGCAUUAUGCUAAUAAAAUGAUUGAAGAUGUACCUGGAAUGAAGGCACUCUUACUUGAUACUGAGACAACACCCAUCAUUUCACUUGUAACAACCCAAUCAGCUCUAUUGACAAAGGAAUGCUACUUGAUUGAUAGAAUUGAUAAUAGAAAUAGAGACAGACUCAAACAUUUGAAAUGUAUCUGUUUUCUAAGACCAACCAGAGAAGCGUUACAUUACCUCGUUGCCGAACUACGAGAACCCGCCUAUGGUGAUUACUAUUUAUGUAAGUUUC